AUGUGGGAAGAGAUGAAAGGCUUACCUGGUGCCAAGGCUUCAGCAAGUGCUGGGUUUCUCUCAACUCUCCAUCGUCUGCGAAGUACGGGCCACGAAAGUCGUUUGGGGGAUGUCUUUGAAGAAUUUGGGCUAUCAGCCAAUGUUCCUCUUUCUUUCGUAGAAGUUGGCUUGCAAAAGAAGCACCCCAUUCUCCGAGUACGUGAUUUCAUUACAACGCUGGAUUCAAAAGGCAAGCUUGACCUGUUGCUUUGUGGGAAUACACCGGCCACCUACCUCAAGUUUUGGGAUACUUACAGAAAGACUGCACCAGAACAUCCUGUAUUUGGCAAAAAUCGGAAAGACCUCAGCUUGAGCGUGCCAGUUUGGUUGCAUGCAGAUGAGGGCACAGGGCCCAAGCGCCGCCCUGUGAUGGUGGUUCAAUACCAGCCUCUUUUAGGCAAGGGCACAUCUCGUGGUGGGCAAGGAUUAAACUACGUUGGGAAUUCCUUGACAACGAGGUUUUUAUUCAGCAUCAUGGCGGCGCGACUAUAUUCGGGCCCACUGAAAAAGAAUCGCCCGCUACUGAAGCUUGUGCAUGAAUUUGCCUUGGAUAUGGGGUCUUGCUAUGAUGAGCCUAUUUCCCUGCCAAUGACGCCGGAAUUUGAAAAGAUUACAUUGGUCCCAUUGGGAUUGAAGGGAGAUCUUGUGGCUUUGAAUAAGCUAGGCGGACUGACGAGGAACUUCCAAAGGGAUACGUGGAGCAACGAAGACGGCCCCGGAAUCUGCCAUUUGUGUUCUGCUGGACAGCUAGGCCAUGCCUGGCACGACGUCUCUUACGAAAAUAUGCUUUCGAUGCGGCAAGAUUCUGAGCUGCCCUGGGAAAGCACACCCUCCUUGAUUGCAGAGCUUCCUGUUGACCCCGGCAAUAUGCCUGGAUUCUUUCGUUUGGAUGUAUUCCACAUCAUGCACAAGGGUCUGCUCGGCGACGUUGCUGCAAACACUAUUGCAGCAUGCUACGAUUGUGAUCUUUUUGCACAGUCGAGCUAUGUCAAGCAUUUGGACUUUGUCUACUGGGACUUACAACAGUUCUGCACACAGAACAAGUUGGACUUGCACAUGAAUGCCUUGACGAAGGGUCAACUGGGCAUGAACAAGGCCAGCGACUAUCCUUCUGCGAGCCUUGGAAACGACACGACCAGCUUGUGCGUGUACCUGGAAGCCAAACUGAAGGACGUUUUUCCAACGAUUUCGGCCUGCGACCGCGACUACUUCUUCAACAUGCUGGCAUGCCUGGAGAACGGCAACAAACUGAUGCGUCUGAUGUACCACAGUAAACUUUGGUUGUCGAAAGCUGAGCGAUCUAGCAUGAUUGUGCAUUUCCGAAAUUUGCUGACUGCAUUUGUCAGCUGUGCACAGCAUGCCUACAAUCGGCAGAUGUGCCGCUUCAAACUGCAGCCAAAGUAUCACUGUGCGGGUGAAAUUCUAUUUGGGCUGGAGCAUGAUCACAAGUGGGGCAAGCCAAGCCUCAAUCCGAUUAGCAGUGCAGUGCAAAUGGAUGAAGACUACAUAGGGCGCAUAUGCGCCAUUUGCAGGUCCGUCUCGAGCAGAAGGCUCCACACCAAAACCCUGAAGAACUACUUGCUAGCUCUUGCGGCCCACUGGUGA